GCUUUCACCAAGAAAUCUCAGUUCACACGACUCUCUCUCGUUCUCGUCAUUAUAAAUAUCAUCAUUUAUACAUACUGUUCACUGUAAGCAUUUUGAUCUGCUUUCUCUAUGUCUGAAUCUAGUACUACUUCUCCUUCUUAUGAAAUGAGUUCUAUGAAGAAGGAAUAUGAGUUCCUUAAGGAGAUCGGGCUCGGUUCGCGAAAUUUGGGUUGUUAUAUCAACGGAUUAUGGCAGGGUAACGGUCCCGUGAUUUCCUCUGUAAAUCCGGCGAACAAUCAGAGAAUUGCUGAAGUGGUUGAAGCAUCUUUUCAAGACUAUGAGGAAGGCAUGCGGGCUUGUGCUGAGGCUGCAAAGAUAUGGAUGCAGAUUCCAGCACCAAAGAGAGGUGAGAUUGUCAGGCAGCUUGGUGAUGCCCUGAGAGCCAAACUCCAUUAUCUUGGUCGGCUUGUUUCUCUAGAAAUGGGAAAAAUACUAGCUGAAGGAAUUGGGGAAGUUCAGGAAAUAAUUGAUAUGUGUGACUUUGCUGUUGGAUUGAGCCGUCAGCUAAAUGGAUCAAUUAUACCUUCUGAACGUCCGAAUCAUAUUAUGUUGGAGACGUGGAAUCCUCUGGGCAUAGUUGGAGUGAUUACGGCUUUCAAUUUCCCUUGUGCUGUUCUUGGAUGGAAUGCAUGUAUUGCGCUAGUCUGUGGAAAUUGUGUGGUCUGGAAGGGUGCUCCAACAACACCUUUAAUUACUAUAGCCAUGACAAAGAUAGUUGCUGGGGUAUUAGAGAAGAACAAUUUACCUGGUGCAAUUCUCACAACAUUUUGUGGCGGUGCUGAAAUUGGUCAAGCUAUAGCAGAAGAUACACGGAUUCCUUUAGUUUCAUUCACUGGAAGUACGAAGGUGGGUCUAAUGGUUCAACAAAUAGUAAAUCAAAGAUUUGGAAAAUCGCUGCUUGAAUUGAGUGGAAAUAAUGCUAUAAUUGUCAUGGAUGAUGCUGACACUGAACUUGCUGUUCGCUCUGUUUUGUUUGCGGCUGUUGGUACGGCUGGUCAGAGAUGUACAACCUGCCGCAGACUGCUUCUUCAUGAGAAUAUUUAUCACAAAGUACUUGAACGAUUACUUGAUGUAUAUAAACAAGUCAAGAUAGGAAAUCCUUUAGAGAAAGGUACCUUACUUGGGCCACUGCAUACUCGUGCUUCAAGGGAAAAUUUUGAGAAGGGAAUACAGAAAAUCAAAUCUCAGGGGGGAAAGAUACUCACAGGUGGCAAUGUUAUAGAGUCAGAAGGAAAUUUUGUGCAUCCCACCAUAGUUGAAAUCUCCCCAAAUGCUGAUGUUGUUAAGGAAGAAUUGUUUGGUCCACUUCUUUAUGUUAUGAAGUUUCAGAGUCUGAAGGAAGCAAUUGAAAUAAACAAUUCUGUACCUCAAGGUUUAAGUAGUUCCAUCUUCACCCGCAAGCCUGAAAUUAUAUUCAAAUGGAUUGGGCCUCAAGGAAGUGAUUGUGGAAUUGUAAAUGUUAAUAUUCCAACAAAUGGAGCUGAGAUUGGCGGAGCUUUUGGCGGUGAAAAAGCUACAGGAGGUGGCCGUGAAGCUGGAAGUGAUUCUUGGAAACAAUACAUGAGACGCUCAACUUGUACAAUCAAUUAUGGGAACGAAUUGCCUUUGGCACAAGGAAUUAACUUUGGGUAGUGAAUUUACUUUUCACUCAGAAUAAUCAACUUUGGCAGCUCUCCAACAAUCCUGUACAAUCAGUUUGCCUUCUGAGCAACAACGCCACAAGUUUUGGAAGAGCUUCUUGUCCGGGGUUCAUAACUUGUCAUGGUUAUAUUUCAAUUUCGUUCUCUGCUAUAGAGUACAAUGCAUAAAUAAGAAGUUUCUUGAUUUUCAUUCACUAUGUACUCUGAUUGGAAACGCGAAUUUUCCCUUCAUCCUUGAUUGGCUAUUUGUUCUGGUGUGUUUAUAUGGGACACUAGGAAUAAUUGGAGUGAAUUCUGAUACUAUUAGCUGGGCACUAGAUAGAGAUUGAAUGUUGGUUAUUAAGAAUCUAUAUUUCUUUGCACUCUGUUCA